CUUUCGCAUUUGAGAGGCCCGUCUGCCCCGCCCCCUCCGCGUCCUGCUUACGGCCAUUUUACGACGGGGUGUCGAUCGCAGGUUUGCUUUCCGGCAGCGUAAGCUGACUCUUCGCUUAGUUUCCGACGGCGUAGCCCCGGCUUUCCUCCCGGUGUGAAUGGGCCUCAGGUGGGCUUUGGAGGUUCGAAUCCCAGCACGGGAAUGAGCCUCUUUGACCUCUUUCGGGGCUUUUUCGGCUUUUCUGGACCUCGGAGCCACAGGGAUCCCUUUUUUGGAGGGAUGACUCGAGAUGAAGAUGAGGAUGACGAUGAAGAAGAAGGAGGAGCCACCUGGGGCCCUGGGAGCUCGAGGUUUGAGGGUCCCCAACCCCCUGAGGAAUUUGGCUUCGGCUUCAGCUUCACCCCUGGAGGAGGGAUGCGUUUCCACGACAACUUCGGCUUUGAUGACCUAGUACGGGAUUUUAAUAACAUCUUCAGCGAGAUGGGGGCCUGGACCUUGCCUUCCCGUCCUCCUGAACUUCCAGGUCCUGAGUCAGAGACACCUAGUGAGAGAUUGCAGGAGGGACAGACACUUCGGGACUCAAUGCUUAAGUAUCCAGAUAGUCACCAACACAGGAUCUUUGGGGGGGUCUCGGAGAGUGAUGCAAGAACUGACUCUCCAAAACCAGCACCAGACUGGGGCUCCCAGAGACCUUUUCAUAGGUUUGAUGAUAUGUGGCCUGUGACCCCCCAGUCUAGAGCCAAAGAGGACAAGGAUCUUGAUUCCCAGGUUUCCCAGGAGGGCCUUGGCCCAGUUCUGCAGCCCCAGCCCAAAUCCUAUUUCAAGAGUGUCUCUGUGACCAAGAUCACUAGGCCAGAUGGGACAGUAGAGGAGCGCCGGACUGUGGUGGACAGUGAGGGCCGAAAGGAAACCACAGUAACCCUUCAAGAAGCAGAUGGCAGUCCUAGAGCUGAUCCAGAACCACCAACAGCUCCAGCCCUGGAUGAUGCCUUUUCCAUCCUGGAUUUAUUCCUAGGUCGUUGGUCCCGGUCUCGGUCCCAGUAGCCUUGUUAACCCUCAGAGGCCUUCAUGUUCUUCCCACCUCCCACCCUUUUCUCACCAUCAAUGGGCUUAGCUUCUCCUCCUGUCACCUCAGGGCCUUGGUGUGUGGAACAGUGAAUUGGGGGCAUGUCAGUAUGUCAUUCAUGCAAACUGACCAAUAAAACCCUUAUUUAUGCUAA